AUGGAGAGCGAUGAUAUGAUGCCAAGUGCUGGCCAGCGUCCUACAGACCCGGACAUCCUUGUCGUGGAGGCGUGGGGACAAGGAUUCCUGGUGGGCUCCCUUAUUGUCAUGAUUGCCAUCACCGCGGCCAACAUGAAAAAAGGGGUGCUCCUGCACAAACUCAUCGUGGCAGAGCUCGCCCUGGCCCUCGCGCACGGAACGUUCAUCUUUCUCCAUGCGCCUGCCCGGGGCUGGUAUCUUUCGGUUACGGCCGUCGGUCUCGCAAUUUCGCAUUCCCUCCACAACGUGAUUGCAUGGAUGAAGAUUCGCGGCUUCUUCACCCCUUGGGGUACGCGACUGUAUCUAGUCACCCUGCUAGCGGCCCAGCCGUACUGGGUCGUCGAGAUCUAUGCGAAUUUUGCCUUUUCCAAUCGGGGCCAGGCCUUGUACACCACCACUCGGCCACUCGAGCCGCU